AUGCUAGUUAGGGAGCAACCGGUGCAAUUUCAAGUUGAUUGUGCUGCAAGUGCAAAUAUUUUACCCCUGAAGUAUGCUGAGGGCGAGGAAUUUGACUCGUGUUCGCAAAUGCUUGUCAUGUGGAAUGGAACUAAAGUGACGCCUGUUGGUUCCUGUGUGUUGCCUGUUGUGAAUUCGAAAACUAAUGAGAAGUACAAGGUCCGGUUUCUAGUCGUGAAAGAAGAUUUGACCCCUCUGCUUGGCUUAAAUGCAACAGAAAAAAUGAAGCUGUUAACUGUACACAAGAAAAACUUCAUUAAGGAGGCUGUGUCACGGCAGUCCAGUUCAUUUUGUUUAAUUUUGCCAGUUACUCGCCCUCAAUCGCUAUGGAACUUACUGCGCUUUUCACAAACAUGCGAACUUAAGUUCAAAAGCCGCCUUCACAAUUGUGUUUUUCGCUACCGUCAAUCCUAAUUACGAUCACAAGCAACGAACCUGGAAACACAGAAACACAAGACGGAUCGAAAUCCACCAAUCACAAAUCACAAACCUUGACCUUUUGAACCCGUUAAAGCAAACUUUUGUUUCCUAAGAGGUCCGUUAAGAUGAUUGACGGCAGCGAAAAACGCAAUCGUCAGUUGGCUUUUGAACUUCAGAAUUCGCAUGUUUGUGGAAAGCGCAGUAAAGUAAAUUACUUGUAAAUGACAUAAGCAGAGAUUCGAGACCAACAAAUAUGUCUCCUGAGCAUUAUUUUUGAAGUUGCAAACAGCAGAGGUAAACUUUGAAAAACUGGUAGGCUGAACAGUUUUCAAAAACCCCAACUUCAAUCCGUUUCAAUCUUCUUCAGUUUUGCCCAUCCGUGGCAUCUGUUGUAUCUGUUGUGUUAUUUUAACCUUCCUUUAAUGUUUUAAGCGGUCAUUAUUAUGUUUCUCUUAAUUUAAUGGGCAUUUUGUAAUUACCCAAUUUGGCUGAAUUUCGUGACACAGUUCCUUUAAUGUCGUAGAGAAUGCAAAUGAUGAUCUCACAGUUGAGUACGUGGAUGGUUUUAACAGAGCUCUCGGAACACUUCUAGGAAACGUUCACCUGCAAGUUGACCCAGAUUGCAAACCUGUUAUCCUUCCAGCAAGAAAAGUCCCCGUGUCUGUUCAGCUCCAAAGGCUAGAACGUCUUAAAGUCAUCAUUCCUGUUGACGAACCGACAGAGGGGGUUAGUCAGAUUGUUGUAGCUGUA